AUGUUGAAUUCAAAACUGCAGAACCAGAUCACAGACCUGAGCGCAGCAGCUCAGAUCCUCAACUCUUCAGUUGAAGCUCUCAUCGCAGAGUGGAAAUCUGAUGAUGCCGAGGGCAAGACUCUUGACAAUGGUGUCCUCCUGCCCACUCAAGCAUCCUAUGAUGCCCACAAAACCAUCCUUGGCGCUGUUGGCAAGAUCCAAGAACUGGUUUCAAGUCCGCCCAUCCGACUGAUCGAGACUUCGUGCCAAUUCUAUGAAUCGCGUGCGCUGCAUAUCGCAGCAGAGCACCGGAUUGCGGACCUUUUGGCUGCACAUGACGAGCAAGGUUUGGCUGUGACUGAGUUGGCAACAAAGGCAAACGUAGACACAGACAUGCUUUUACGCAUUCUGCGAGUCUUGACUUCCAUUGGUAUCUUCCGGGAGGUCUCUGACCGAUCUUUCGCCAACAACCGCGUUUCAGCAAGCUUGGUUGGAAACGAAAGUCUGCGCUCCUCGAUCUGUCAUUACAAGGUUUCUGAGAGUCUUCCGGCUGCUGUUCGACAAUCUGGCAGUGGAUAUACUGCAACCAACACAAACACAGCAUUCAACAUUCGCCAUGAGACUGAUCUGUCUUUCUGGGACUGGCUAAACACGAAAGUCGAACAGGAUGAUGGCACUGUGGGACCACGACCAGAACUCGACUACUUUGCGAAGGCCAUGACAGGUAUCGGUCGAGUCAGUAGCACGGCAAUGAUUUACGACUACCCUUGGGAUUCACUUGGCAAUGGAACUGUUGUGGACGUUGGUGGUGGAGUGGGUACACACUCAAUGAACAUUGCGAAGGCAUAUCCCGAAUUGAAUUUCAUCAUUCAGGAUCGCCCAGAGGUUAUCGAGAAGGGUGUGGCUCUGUGGACUAAAGAGCUACCCUCAUAUCUGCAGAAUGGCCAAGUCCAACUGACUCCAGGAGACUUCUUCCAGACCCAAUCAGUCAGUGGAGCCGCAGUUUACUUCCUGCAUACAAUUCUCCACGACUGGCCCGAUGCGGAAAGCAUACAAAUCCUCAAAUCGCUGACACCAGCCAUGACGGCCGAUUCGCGCGUACUGAUUGGCGAAAUGGUUAUCAACAAUUCUUUGGGCACCAAGGAAAUCCCCGACGCACCAAAGCCUCUGCCGGCUGACUAUGGCCUCUACAGUCGCUACAGCCACGAGCGGGACCUAGUCAUGCUGUCGCUGUUCAACAGCAAGGAACGAACCAUGGAUGAUUUCCGCGCGAUUAUCCACGCAGCAGGCCUGGUAGUGGAGAGUGUUUACGAGUGUCGCAGCCAUAUGAGCUUGAUUGAGUGUCGGCUGGCAGUAUAG